GGAGGCUCUGUUCCAGCUUCUGGAUGAUCCCGAUGGAGGCCUACCCCAGACAGUGGUCCAGUUGAGCAAGGCCAUUUUGCAGAAACUUGACCGUCAGGAAUGCCGGGAUCGCUUUUUGGAUUUUCUCUUUGUCCAAUGGUUUUUCUCCAAAUUUCUGUACGGAGCUUUAACCUAUCCUGAGGUCCAUGGUCUUUUGCUUGAUUUUCAUAUCAGGAAGGAUGCUAGAGACAAGCUACUCGGACAGGUUGGCUUUCAGGCGUAUUCACAGGCUCUGGCGGUUCUGCGUUCCAUGCAUCAUUAUCCCAUGGCCCGCCCGAGGGUCCGACAACAUGUGGAAAACAUGCUUUACCGAUUCAGAAAUGAUUUGGUUAACACGGACACGCUCAAGCAAAGUACACCACGCGCCAUUCUUCCCACUGGAUCCGACUCCCCCGCGGUCUUUUUGAUGCUUUCUGCGACUGAUAUUCUUACCCUGUUGAAUGCGCUUUUCCCUAGGGCGCCUUCCCCGGCGUAUAGCUCUCAGUCACCAUCUUUGGGUAUUUCUCUCUCGCCCCUUGGCUCACACGCAGAAAAGCAUGUUUCCACCUUCGAACCAGGGUUUUACCGCCCUUCUAUGUCUCAUUCCUCCAGGCCAGCUCCUCAGAUGGCCGGUCCUCUCCCAACGGAUAUCAAUUUCUUCUCACUACCGGAGAACUCGGUGAGUCGCAACGCAGACAGGAUCCGCUUCGAGUUGUCAGACUUGGGCGAGCCAGACGCUCAUCUGGAAGCCCCCUCCGCCGAGGAAUGGACGGUCUUUUCGGUUUCGCCGAAUGGAAUGCGUCUGGUCUGGGGCCUAUUCUCAGACAACCAGUCUAGCUGCCCGGAAAAUAUGGCCGCGGAGGAGGUCCACUCUUCCACAUUCGGAAUGGAGGACAACUUGGAGGCUCUCCAAACUGCCAUUGUGAAACUCAUCCAGGAGAACCCUGCCGGUGAUCGCGUGGAGUAUGGCUUUCAGCAAGCCGACACGCUGUCACUCAGGGAACGUUUCAACCGUGCCAUGGCGCACUGUCACCAUGAGUCGGACUUCAUUGGCGCCCAUUACUGGUGGAAUGCUGCCCGGCAACUUCGCCGUAGCAUUGCCAACUCCCCCUCUCGGCACAUGGAUGACUCGUGGAUCUUGGGGCCCAUGUACUCCGCCUGUGUUCGCUCGCUGCACACAUCCUGCUCUGUUAUCGAACGCUGCGAGGCCGAUUUUGUUGCUCUCGAUCGCCAUAUGCAGCGCCUCCAGCGGACCGUCAAGGAAAUGAUGAAGACCAUGGCCAAGCUCCGGAACAAGAUGUGGUACAUGACUGAUGUUAAGAAUUCUAGGAGGUACGAGGAUGCUAAGAACGUUGCACUCGCCCUCAAAACCAUGACCUACCCUCCUGGCCUUUCCAAGUAUACGCAAGGUGAAGGCCGAACUCGCGGCGCCAACAGGUUCGGAGGCGGCCUUCUGCAGAAGCCAGAGUUGCAAGUCAUGAAUGUGAUGAAGGCUCCCAGCAGUCAAGGCGGGCCUACUAAACUUUCAGAUGAACAGGUCGAUUUGAUCCGGAAGUGGCUUGCCCAUAAUAGUAUUGAUAAUUUUUGCAAAGGUGAAGAACGUAUUCAUCGUUUCUGUUAUGAGGUCAGCAAUAGCAUCAACCGCCUGGUCGGGGAAACUAUGGCAGAGACCCCCGUACUUUGGGCAAGUGAACUGUUUCACAAAGAACGCGCCAAAUACGAAGGCUCGAGCAACCGCAGCUUCCUUAGCCUUUCCUCAAGCUUGCGGUCGUUUGGCCUUGCCAACGAUGAUACCCACUCUAUCUCAUCCUUCACCAGCUCUGUCAUACGCCCGUUGGAACCCUCAAAGGGUUCGCAAGAUUCACCUCAGCUCAAUCGCAAACCGUCUUACCAGAGCCUCGUAUCUGAGAAGUUCAAGGUACCCACGCCGGCCACGGAUGCAUCGUCUGUCCUUGGUGGGAGGGCAGCCUCAACCACCACCGGAGACUCGUACAGUACUUUCUGGUCAGCUCCACCUCCGCCUACUCAUUACGCGCCAAGCGCCUCUAGUCUUUAUUCCCGACCCCCAUCGAUGCUCAGUGACCCCGGUGUCCAGCAGCCCCGACGGAAUGAUCCCAGAACGCAUGGCAAAACAGCGUUUUUGGAUGACUUGCGGCGGACGUUAACUAGUUUACUCCUGAGCGAUCUAGGCUCGCCAGUCUGGAGCUGUGGUACCGAAACUGACGCCUGGUUUGGUAACGUGCUGGACCAGAAGAGAAUCCAGGCGCAGAUGAGGAAGCGCUCCCGCAUUCAGCGUUUCUACACUGAGUACGAUGAGCGAUUCGUCCGCCAAUCGAUCCAUCGUGUGCCUUCUUCUAGCAACCGAAGAAGCAAGUCCCUUGGUCCUUCUGAUCGAGGAGUGUCGGGUAACUCCACACCUGCAGACGAUGCUUCUACUGGAGUCGAUAGCUCAGCACCCUUUUCCUAUGGCACGGUCUUCCGUCGCUUGGUCGACGUGUUCUCCCGCCAUGGGAAUCCAUUUAUCAAGUUGGAGGCUCUGCGAGACCUUCGCAGCCUAGUAAUUGCCUCGCUCAAUACUGCCAAUGAUGACGAUUCUUGGCCUCCUACGAUUUCAAAUACUACAUGUCAGCGAAAACGCACGUCCGGUAUUCAAGGAAAGCGUGAUACACGAAACAGCUUCUCCGAAUCCGAGGCGCGUCGCCGACCUGAAAAGGAUCCUCUCCAUACACCAACCUCCCCUGCCGCCGAGUCGGUAAUUUUUGACUCCCGGCCGUCUGACUAUGCCGUUCCCACGGAUAAGCAGAUCGUGGAUGCUCUGCGGGAUAUUAUCCUUGAGGUCAAGCCAAAGACCCUCUUCCGCGACUUGCAGUUCAUAUCGUCCUUUGUUCCGGGUGAUACCCUGAACAAAACAGAUAGUGGCACUGCUUUCCUGCAGUUUGGGUUGGCAGCCCUGAGCUUGAAGGACGAGGUCUGUAACAGCAUGGUUGAAAUCGCGGAUGAUAUUGUCUCUCAAGAGCUCAGCCGACGUCAUCCUCCACAUGGACAUGACACGCAUCCUCGCAUGGUUGACCCCAUGAAAGAUGCAGCCAACAUGUGGAUCAUCACUGCGAAGGAAGGGCACCCCGUUGCUCAACGAGAACUAGCCAUCCUUUAUCUCACCCAUCCAGAACUCGUUCACCGGGUCACCCUACCUCUCACGCUGUUGAGGGACACCUUCAAAGCGGAGAUGAUGUACCGUCGAGAUAAAGACUCAAGGUCGGAUCCCCAUACAAUGUGCCUGGCGCUGCACUGGAUGCAGCUAUCGGCUAAUGGGGGGGACGAGCUCGCGCGGAACAGGCUUCGUGAGCGCGAUGAGUUUGAGUCGAUUGCCUAAGUUUUAUCUUUAUUACUUACUCUCUUUUUUUUUCCUUUUAUUUGAUUCUAUCUUACUACCUUUUUUUUUUUUUUUCACACUUGCACUUUCUUU